ACUCGAAUUUAUAAGUCUAUAGUUUCUACAACAAAGUUUAGUGUUGUAUACUAUCAUUCUUAUUUGCAUUGAAUUGUCAUACAAUCUUCGUCUUCCUAGCUUCUUCGUUCUCUCUCUCUCUCUAAGAAAGAAGAAUGUGGAAGCUGAAGAUAGCUGAAGGCAAUGGGCCUUACCUAUACAGCACAAACAACUUUGUAGGCCGACAAACUUGGGAGUACGAUCCUAAUGCCGGAACCCCCGAAGACCGCGAAUCCUUUCAAAAGGCUCGAGACAUAUUCGAUCAAAACAGGAAAAAGGGAUUUCAUUCAUGUGGUGAUUUGUUCAUGAGGAUGCAGCUCAAAAAGGAAAGUGGAAUAGAUCUCGAGAGCAUACCACCGGUUAGACUCGAAGAAAAGGAAGAAAUAACUUACGAAACCGCUACUAUUGCUGUGAAGAAAGCUUUGCGGUUAAAUCGAGCAGUUCAAGCUAGCGACGGCCACUGGCCUGCCGAAAAUGCAGGGCCUAUGUUUUUCACUCCCCCACUGCUUAUAGCAUUGUACAUAAGUGGAGCAAUCAACACAACUCUGACAUCGGAGCACAAAAAGGAGAUGAUCCGUUACAUCUACAACCAUCAGAAUGAGGAUGGAGGGUGGGGAUUUUACAUAGAAGGACACAGCACAAUGAUAGGGUCGGCACUUAGCUACGUUGCAUUACGUAUACUCGGAGAAGGUGCUGACGAUGGCAACGGUGCUAUUGCUAGAGCCCGAAAAUGGAUUCUUGAUCAUGGUGGAGCUACUGGAAUUCCCUCUUGGGGGAAGACCUAUCUUUCGGUGCUUGGAGUGUAUGAAUGGGAAGGUUGCAACCCACUUCCCCCAGAGUUCUGGUUGUUCCCUUCAAUUUUACCUUAUCAUCCAGCAAAAAUGUGGUGCUAUUGUCGGACAACUUACAUGCCAAUGUCGUACCUUUACGGUAGAAAAUACCACGGACCAAUCACGGACCUUGUUUUAUCCCUUAGGAACGAAAUUCACGUCAAGUCCUAUGAUCAAAUUGAUUGGAAUAAGGCACGCCAUCAUUGUUGCAAGGAAGAUGUUUACUACCCACACACAUUCGUACAAGAUUUGCUUUGGGAUACCCUAAACUACUGCACCGAGCCGGUGAUGAAGCGUUGGCCGUUGAAUAAGAUUAGACAAAGAGCUCUCGACAAGACGAUUAAGUACAUGCGCUAUGGAGCUGAAGAGAGCCGUUAUAUUACCAUCGGAUGCGUCGAAAAAAGUCUGCAGAUGAUGUGCUGGUGGGCCCACGAUCAGAACUGCGAUGAGUUCAAGUAUCACCUAGCCAGGGUCCCUGAUUAUUUGUGGCUCGCCGAAGAUGGGAUGAAGAUGCAGAGUUUUGGAAGUCAAAUAUGGGACAGUACUCUAGCCACACAAGCAGUUAUUUCGACUGGCAUGGUUGAGGAAUACGGCGACUGUCUUCAGAAGGCUCACUUCUACAUUAAAGAAUCUCAGAUAAAGGAAAAUCCGAAGGGCGACUUCAGGGGCAUGUAUCGUCAUUUUACAAAAGGUGCAUGGACUUUCUCGGAUCAAGAUCAAGGAUGGGUUGUAUCAGACUGUACAGCUGAAGCACUAAAGUGCCUGCUGUUGCUCUCACAAAUGCCGGCUGAAAUUUCGGGAGAAAAACCGCCGGUUGAGCGCUUGUACGAUGCGGUGAACGUGCUCCUUUAUUUGCAGAGUCCUCUGAGUGGUGGAUUUGCUAUUUGGGAACCCGCAAUUCCGCAACCAUAUUUGCAGGUUUUGAAUCCCUCGGAACUCUUUGCUGACAUAGUCGUCGAGCAAGAGCAUGUUGAAUGCACUGCUUCUAUAGUCCAAGCCCUUAUAUCGUUCAAGCGUAUGCAUCCAGGCCAUCGGGAGAAAGAAAUCGAAAACUCUGUGGCAAGAGGAGUUAGCUUCCUCGAAGAAAAGCAAUGGCCUGAUGGUUCAUGGUACGGCUACUGGGGUAUUUGCUUCCUGUACGGUACAUUCUUUACACUUGGAGGAUUAGCUGCAGCUGGCAAAACAUACGAAAACUGCGAAGCCGUUAGAAAAGCCGUCAACUUUUUCUUGUCUUCGCAAAAUGAAGAAGGUGGAUGGGGAGAAAGCCUCGAGUCCUGCCCAAGCAUGAAAUACACACCAUUGGAAGGAAACCGCACGAAUUUGGUGCAGACAUCAUGGGCAAUGCUUGGUCUUAUGUAUGGUGGACAGGCGGAGAGGGAUCCGAUGCCUCUGCAUAAAGCAGCAAAAUUGUUGAUCAAUGAGCAGAUGAUUGAUGGAGAUUUCCCUCAACAGGAAAUCACCGGAGUUUACAUGAAGAACUGCAUGCUCCAUUACGCGCAGUAUAGGAAUAUAUUCCCACUGUGGGCGCUGGGAGAGUAUCGUAAACGAGUCUGGCCAUCUCAAUCCCUUUAAGCAAAUAAAUAUGAAGAAGAAGCUCACAGCCAAUGUCACAAUAUGUAGCAUAAUAGUUCAAUUACCAAGUUGUUCUUUUCUUCUUUUUUCAUACUCUAUGUAUACUAUCUAUAUAUAUAUAAAUCUCAACGUGAAAUGUCAUGAAUGUAUUGUAAUGUUGUGCAAAAAUGUAUAAGCAAUUCAUUUGAAAUUCCUACUUUUUUGGUUAAA